AUCAUCUUGGAUACUCUCGUUCAUUUUGAAGACUGAACAUCGUUGAACUGGACGUUGUCGAAGACUGAAAGAAGAUACCUCAGAGAGGCGAGGGGCAAAGAUGAGCGGUCAUGAUUCAAAGUAUUUUUCCACAACGAAAAAGGGAGAAAUCCCUGAACUGAAAGAAGAGUUAAAUUCGCAGUACAAGGAUAAGAGAAAGGAUGCUGUGAAGAAGGUUAUUGCUGCUAUGACUGUUGGGAAAGAUGUUUCAUCAUUGUUCACGGAUGUAGUGAAUUGCAUGCAAACAGAAAAUUUAGAGCUCAAGAAGCUUGUUUACCUAUAUCUUAUCAACUAUGCUAAAUCCCAGCCAGACCUAGCUAUUUUGGCAGUAAACACAUUUGUGAAGGACUCACAGGACCCGAAUCCUUUGAUUCGAGCUUUGGCUGUGCGUACAAUGGGAUGUAUUCGUGUUGAUAAAAUCACAGAAUAUCUUUGUGACCCCCUUCAGAGGUGUCUUAAGGAUGAUGAUCCAUAUGUUCGUAAAACAGCAGCUAUAUGUGUUGCUAAACUCUAUGACAUAAAUGCUGAGUUAGUUGAGGAUAGGGGUUUUCUUGAAUCUCUCAAGGAUUUGAUAUCUGACAACAAUCCAAUGGUUGUAGCAAAUGCUGUGGCAGCUCUUGCGGAGAUUCAAGAGAAUAGUAGCGGACCCAUCUUUGAGAUCAGUAGUCACACACUCUCGAAGCUCCUUACUGCUCUAAACGAAUGCACAGAGUGGGGUCAAGUUUUUAUAUUGGAUGCUCUCUCUAGAUAUAAAGCAGCUGAUGCUCGUGAAGCUGAAAAUAUAGUGGAGAGAGUUACUCCACGACUGCAACAUGCUAAUUGUGCUGUUGUACUUUCAGCUGUUAAGAUGAUCCUUCAACAAAUGGAGCUUAUCACCAGUACUGACGUAGUUCGAAAUCUUUGCAAAAAGAUGGCUCCUCCUCUUGUGACAUUACUGUCUGCGGAACCUGAGAUACAAUAUGUUGCAUUGCGCAAUAUCAACCUUAUAGUACAAAGACGUCCUACAAUACUUGCCCAUGAAAUUAAGGUAUUUUUCUGUAAGUACAAUGAUCCGAUUUAUGUGAAGAUGGAAAAAUUAGAAAUCAUGAUAAAGCUUGCUUCUGACCGAAAUAUAGAUCAGGUUCUAUUGGAGUUCAAAGAAUAUGCUACAGAAGUAGAUGUAGAUUUUGUCAGGAAGGCUGUUCGUGCAAUUGGCCGUUGUGCCAUAAAAUUAGAGAGAGCAGCUGAACGGUGCAUUAGUGUUCUGCUUGAGUUGAUCAAGAUUAAAGUAAACUAUGUGGUUCAAGAGGCUAUUAUAGUCAUUAAAGAUAUCUUUAGAAGAUACCCUAACACAUACGAAUCUAUCAUUGCAACUCUUUGUGAAAGCUUAGACACUUUAGACGAGCCUGAGGCUAAGGCCUCCAUGAUUUGGAUAAUUGGUGAAUAUGCAGAAAGAAUUGACAAUGCUGAUGAGCUCCUUGAAAGUUUCUUAGAGAGUUUCCCUGAAGAGCCUGCACAAGUCCAGUUGCAAUUGCUAACAGCGACUGUCAAACUUUUUCUUAAGAAGCCAACUGAAGGUCCACAACAGAUGAUUCAGGUUGUUUUGAACAAUGCCACUGUGGAAACAGACAAUCCUGAUCUGCGCGAUCGUGCCUAUAUAUAUUGGCGUCUUUUGUCUACUGAUCCUGAGGCAGCUAAGGAUGUUGUGUUAGCUGAGAAGCCUGUGAUCACUGAUGAUUCAAACCAACUUGAUUCUUCUCUUCUUGAUGAACUUCUUGCCAACAUUGCUACGUUGUCUUCUGUGUAUCACAAACCGCCAGAAGCUUUUGUAACCCGUGUGAAGACCACAGCUCCAAAAACAGAAGAUGAUGACUACCCUAAUGGAAUUGAUACUGGGUAUUCAGAUACGCCUACUCAUGUUGCUGAUGGAGGAACAUCACCGCAAACUAGUUCCAGUAGUGCCCCAUAUCCUGCAGGAAGGCAGCCAGCACCUCCUCCAGCUGCUCCUGCACCUGCUGCUCCAGUGCCUGAUUUACUAGGUGAUCUGAUAGGCCUAGAUAAUAGUGCGAUUGUGCCAGUUGACCAGCCUGAACCUGCACCUGCCGCUCCUCUUCCUGUUGUACUACCCGCAUCAACUGGCCAGGGUUUGCAAAUCAGCGCACAGUUAACACGUCAGGAUGGUCAAGUAUUAUACGGCAUGCUGUUUGAGAACAACACUCAGAUUCCCCUUGAUGGGUUCAUGAUUCAGUUUAAUAAGAACUCGUUUGGUCUUGCAGCUGCUGGACCCCUUCAGGUUCCGCAAUUGCAACCGGGGACUUCGGCCAGGACAUUGUUGCCUAUGGUAUUGUUCCAGAAUGUGUCUGGUGGUGCUCCAAGCUCACUUUUGCAGGUUGCUGUGAAAAAUAAUCAACAGCCAGUGUGGUACUUCAACGAUAAGGUCUCUCUUCAUGUGUUUUUCACUGAGGAUGGGAGAAUGGAGAGAGGAAGCUUUCUUGAGACAUGGAGGUCCCUUCCUGAUUCCAACGAGGUGUUGAAGGACCUUCCAGGGAUUGUAGUGAGCAAUGUUGAAGCAACCCUAGAUCGGCUGGCUGCAUCGAACAUGUUCUUCAUAGCAAAGCGCAAGCAUGCAAACCAGGAUGUGUUCUACUUCUCUGCAAAGAUCCCUCGUGGUAUACCUUUCUUGAUAGAACUAACCACAGUUAUCGGAAAUCCUGGCAUUAAGUGUGCGAUCAAGACUCCAAAUCCUGAGAUGGCACCUCUUUUCUUUGAAGCCAUCGAGAGUCUCCUCAAGGCAUGAUUCUUUUUUCAUGUUGUGGGUUCAAUACAGAUUUUUUUUUUUUUUUUCUUUUUUUGUUAGUAUAUGUAAAAAUAUAUCUUCGGC